AAGCAUCCCCACGGAAGAAACACAGAUUUCGCCCUGGCACGCGAGCUCUCAUGGAGAUACGCAAAUAUCAGAAGUCUACUGAUCUGUUGCUUCGCAAGGCCCCAUUUUCUCGACUGGUACGAGAGGUGUGUCAGACAUUUAGUCGAGAGCACAUGAUGUGGCAGGGAUAUGCUCUAAUGGCUUUACAGGAGGGAUCUCCGGCUACCUGACCCUCAAGGAGAGGAUAUCAGAGAUGACAAUCACAAUGAACUGGAGGACAGAGAAGAUUUAGAGGAGCAGAAUGGAACCGGUCGAUAUGUGCGUCAGAUGUAUGUUGACAGGGUUUUCAAUGUAUGAAACAACAACAAAAAUCACAUCAAAGUGGGCCACCAUGUUGUCUGUCUUUACCUAUUAGGCUUAAAUGAGUAGCU